AUGGGGGAACUCAUGAAGGCUUUUGGUAAGGGCACUUCUGCUGCUUGUGUUGAAGAUUGUGAUGAUUCAGAUGGGGAUCCUUUUGUCCCCAAUGAUUUUGCCGAGGAUGAUCCUUUUCAAGCUUCGGAGGAAGGUCAAAUGGAUGAUCCUGAUUUGGAGAAAGCUUUGCAUGAGUUCUACGUGUCUCAUAAAGUGAAUUGCUUAAAACGGAAGAUUACAAAUGCUGGAGCUCGCAAUGUGAAGCGCAAGAGGUCUUCUGAUAUUCCUGUAGCCACUACAUUCACUAGAUACUCUGGCAAGUUGUUCUCCACCAUUAUUGGUGGCUUGUCUCUUAGGCAAGUCCGUGUUCUUCAGAGCUACAGGGCAGAUUGCCUUCUCAAAUUUGUGAGGACAGAGGUGCCUCUUAGAUUGGUAUAUGAGAGUCUCCUUGGCAAUAUUAAGAAGUUUAAGGAUUCUAUGAAGGUUGCUUCUAUGAGAUCAAUGACAUUUGGCGAUUGUCACUACGCAUUCGCUGUCGAUUUUACAGUGUCGAUUUUACAGUGUAAUUCUAGGUACAUUUACACUGUAAUUCCUACUAUAUUUUACACUCACUCCUCGGGCCCCCGGCCGUGGCCCAUACUCGGCAACCUCCUCGACCUGCGCGGUGGUAACCUCCACCACAACCUCGCGCGCCUGGCGCACACCCAUGGCCCUGUGAUGACACUCAAGCUCGGCGUGGUGAGCACCGUGAUUGUGUCCUCCCGGGACGCGGCGUGGGAGGCAUUCGCUAAGCACGACCGCCGCAUUGCGGCGCGCACUGUCCCGGACACGAGGCGCUCCGUGGCCCACGCCGACCGCUCCAUGGUGUGGCUGCCGAGCUCCGACCCGCUGUGGAAGACGCUGCGUGGCAUUGCCGCCACACACAUCUUCUCGCCGCGCAGCCUCGCGACGGCGCAGGGCGCCCGGGAGCGCACCGUGAACCACAUCCUUUACACCUUCCACCGCCGAGCCGGGCAGGAGGUCGACAUUGGCCAGGUUCUGUACCAUGGCAUGUUCGACCUGCUGACCAGUACGCUCUUCUCCCUCGACGGCCAGGACAAGCUGAGGGACAUUCUAGAGGACAUCGUGGCGGUCCUCGCCGAGCCCAACGUGUCGGACUUGUACCCGUUCCUCCGGGUGCUGGACCUGCAGGACCUUCGCCGCUGGACGGCCACACACAUGAACCGCGUCUUUCAUGUGCUAGACAAGAUCAUCGACACGCGGCUUGGCGAGGGCAAGCAUGAUCAGGACGUCCUGGACGCGCUGCUGGCAUUGAUGACCACCGGCAAGAUAAGCCGCCGCGACGUUAAGGCCAUGCUGUUUGACGUCCUAGCGGCGGGCACGGAGACGACCAAGAUCACGGUGGAAUGGGCGAUGGCGGAGCUGCUGCGGAACCCGGGCGUGAUGGCGGCGGUGCGCGCCGAGAUGAAGGGUACCCUCACGCAAACGCAGGGGAGGAUGAUCACGGAGGCAGACGUGGCGAAGCUGCCGUACCUACAGGCCGUGGUGAAGGAGUCGAUGUGGCUGCACCCUGUUGCGGCGCUGCUGCUGCCGCACCUGGUGGAGGAAGAGGGCGUGGAGAUAGGUGGCUACGCCGUGCCCAAGGGCGCCACCGUCAUCUUCAACUCAUGGUCCAUCAUGCGCGACCCGGCGGCAUGGGAGAGGCCCGAGGAGUUCGUGCCGGAGCGUUUCCUGGGGAAAACGGAGCUUGGCAUGUGGGGGAAGGAGGUCAAGUUCAUCCCACUGGGCACCGGCCGGAGGCUGUGCCCGGCAUUGCCCAUGGUGGAGCUUCUCGUGCCAUUCACCGUGGCGUCCAUGCUGCAUGACUUUGAGUGGCGGCUGCCCCAGGGCAUGUCACCUGACCAGGUGGACGUGACCGAGAGGUAUACGAGCAACGAUAUCCUCGUUAUGGAUGUGCCUCUCAAGGUUGUGCCCAUGGUCGCCACCUAG